UUAAUUACAAUUGGGGCGAUUAAAACCCCCACUAUCCUUAGAAAAUAACCCGCUAAUAUUUUGGGACGAUUAAAACCCCCACUAUCCAUAAAAAAAUAAACUAAAAAUAUUUUGGACGCUGAAUAAACCCUCAAAUAUAUUAAUUUCUCCGCCUCAAAAUCCCUCUUUUAUCGUAGUCGAUAACCUCUCUCUCAAAAUCCCUCAUUCCACUCUUCAAUAAUAUGUCCGUUAAUGAUCCAGCGACAACCACAUCUAAGCGGUGACGACUGUAGCUCUUCAGUGACUUCAGCAGUCAGCAACGACGACAUUCUCUUGUUUGAGAUGGUUGAGACUGGACAUAAGCCUGGAUGAGCAGAACUUUAUCUUGUUACUCAUAAAAAAGAAGAUGGAUCAUAAGUUAAUGAAACGGCAAAAGAGAUUUGUUAAGUCAAAGCACAAUGAAAGAGUGUGAAGUUUCUCCAAAUGAUGCUGUUGGUAAGGUGCUAGGAAAAGAGCAUUCUAGAAGGGUGAGGUACUUGAGACGAGGAGCUGUUCCUAGCAGAUCAUUUAAACAAAUACGUCCUCAUUUUGGUGGUAUGAAUUCUUCAAGUAGUAACAGUUCAUGUCCAUCCAAUUGCCAAGAAAACUACAUUCAAAUGUUAAAUGCUCAAAAACAAAGUCAAGAGAACUACAAAGAAAUGGUAAAUUCUCACAAUUUAAUAAUGAAUGCUUUCAAGGCAUAUAUGAUAAUGAAAGAAGGCACAAUACCUGAACAGUUUACAGGAUUUUUCACUUCUAUGCCAAGUGAUGUCUCUAGUGAACCUCUUUUGAAUGUGAAUGGAAGAUCAUCUGGUGAUAGUUAUUCUAGCGAUGAUCAUUGAAAUUU